GGGCAGCCGGGCUCCGGCGCGAAGUCCGCCGACUCCCCGCGGCUCCGCCCCCUCCCGCCGCCGCUAUUUGAGGCCGCCCGGCUCCGCGCCUCCAGCCGCUGCUCCACUUCGCAGGCGCCCGCACUCCGGAGAGAACCCCCAGGAGGCCGACUCGCCAUCAUGGAUACUCUUUCUGAAGCAAAUGCCACUUUUGCCCUAAACCUUUUGAAAAAGCUGGGUGAAGACAAAUCGAAAAACGUGUUUUUCUCACCCUUCAGCAUCUCCUCUGCCCUGGCCAUGGUCCUCAUGGGGGCAAGUGGAGACACCGCAGCCCAGAUUGUCCAGGCACUUUAUUUCAGUAAAAGUGGUGGCAAAAGUGAAGAUGUCCACCAGGGCUUCCAGACGCUCCUCACCGAGGUUAACAGGGCUGGCACGAAGUACUUGCUUAGAACUGCCAACAGGCUCUUCGGAGAAAAGUCCUUUGAUUUCAACUUAUCUUUCAAAGAGUCCUGCCUCAAAUUCUACCAAGCGGAGAUGGAAGAGCUUGACUUCUUCAAAGCUGCAGAGGAGGCUAGAAAACAUAUCAACACCUGGGUAGCUAAGAAGACAGAAGGUAAAAUUACAGAGUUGCUGACCCCAAAUUCAGUUAAUCAAGAUACUCCUCUGGUUCUCGUGAAUGCCAUUUACUUCAAAGGAACCUGGGAGAGCCAGUUUAGCAAGCAUCAAACCCAAGAGAGACCAUUUAAAGUCAGCAAGAAUGAGCAGAAACCUGUGCAAAUGAUGUUUAAAAAGUCUACCUUUAAUAUUACCUACAUCGGAGAAAUAUUCACCAAAAUUUUGGUGCUGCCCUACAUCGGCAAAGAGCUGAACAUGAUCAUCAUGCUUCCCGAUGAAAACGUCGACCUGGAGACGGUGGAAAAGCAGCUCACCUAUGAGAAAUUCAUAGAAUGGACCAAGCCAGAUAUGAUGGAUAAUGAAGAGGUGGAAGUGUUCCUCCCUAGAUUCAAACUGGAGGAGAAUUAUGACAUGAAGGAUGUCCUUUGCUCUAUGGGCAUGACCGAAGCCUUUGAGCAAGGCAGAGCGGACUUCUCUGGAAUGUCGACUGGGAGAGACCUGUUUCUGUCCAAGGUCAUUCACAAGUCCUUUGUGGAGGUCAACGAGGAAGGCACGGAGGCUGCAGCUGCCACCGCCGGCAUCAUGUUGUUGCGAAGCGCGAGAAUCAUGCCCCGGUUCUAUGCUGACCACCCCUUUCUUUUCUUUAUUCAGCACUGCAAAACCAACAGCAUUCUGUUCUGUGGCCGAUUUUCCUCCCCUUAGGAAAGUGGUCAACACUGCCUGUAGCCCUUCUCCUGUCUCCUGUUUCCUCUGAUACUUCACAGUGUGCCUGAACCCAAAAAUAAAGGGCCUAGUUUUGAA